AUUUGAAAAAUAAAGGAAUGCUUCGUACAAAUAUGUCAAUAGUUAAUCUUAAUCAUCAAUAGAGUUCAAGCUCUCUAUUAUAAGCCUUAGUUAAUUAGAGGCCAAAAUCAUCAUAAAAAUCACAUUCACAAAAAAGAGUACCUUCUGCAAAAUCUAGUAAAACUCAUUAAAAUGGACAACCAAGUUAUAAGGUAUUAUGCAUUAUUAAUAAAAUAUAGUUAGUAACGUCCUCUUUAUGUUAGCCUAUUCCAAAUUUAAAACAAGAAGUAUCUUAACGAACUAAUGAGACUCUAAAGCCAACGUAUAAUUUCUUAUGAUUUUAGUGAUAAUUCUACAACUGAGCCUCUAUAAUCUUAAAGAGUUUAAGAGUAAUAAAGUGAAAAGAAAGCUAAUAAAAAAACAUCCUUAAUAUAAAGGACUAUAUUUGGAUAAAGUGCUGCAUCUUUAGGAAUUAAAUAAAAGACAGUUAAAUUAACAAGAGAAUCAAGAAGUAAUAGCAAAAAGGAAGUGUAAUAAUUGGUUAUUGAAGAACCAACAUAAUAAUAAUAGAUUACAAAGGAAGUAGAAAAUGCAGAGGCUACUUAAAAAUUAGAAUAAUUGAUAUCAAAAUACAAAAAUACUUCUUUUUUUAAUUAAAAUUCAUAAUAAAAUUAGCAGUAAUCCUAAUAAUAAAGUCAACAGAUAAUUUUAAGUGUGUCAUAACCAAAGGAAAAUUAAUCUUUAUAAACAACAUAAUAAACUUUAUUAUCAUAGGCAUCAUAAGCUGUAUUGUAGGAAUAAGAUUAAAAUGUAAAUGCUGGUUGUACAUAAUCAAAUAAUUUAUAAGUUAAUUAAACUUCAAUUAAUAAGUAUGUAACUAGAAUCUCAAGAGGAGCAAAUUUUAUACCUUAAAAAUAGAAUUCUAAUUCUGUAAAUACUUCAGUAAAUUCAAAGCCCACUAGAAAAAGAAUGAAUUCUCCCUUACAUGGUUAAAGGAGGUCAAAAGAAAAUUCAAUCGUUUCAGAAUCAUUAGUAAGCCAUAGAGAAUCAAAAUCAAAACUUAGAAAUCUCUCAGGCGAUAAAAAAUUUACACCAGUCUAAAAAAUAAGCAUCGGACCUUAACCACCAUUCUAAGAAUUUUAAUAUUAUAUGUCAUUUGCUAGAUUUUUUCAUAAAGACAAAAAAUUUGAAACAUAAAUUAAAUAACUAUUCAAUAAUAGUCUUAAAACUUAAUAAUAUUUCUCUGAAAUUUAUAUAGAUCAUAUUUAAUAAAGCUAUCAUGCUUUAUAAUUUUGUAAAGAUGCUUAGAAACCUAAGUUAGAAGAGAUAAAAUAAAAAAUUGUAAAUUUACCUUAAAAUAAAUGUAUUUAUAAAUUUUAUAAAUAGUUGCAAAAACAAUAGUAUUUGAUUUAGAUGAAACUUUAAUUCAUUGUUAAGAAUCUAAUGAAGAUCCAAGUGAUAUAGUAUUGACAAUAAAGUUUCCUACAGGGGAGACUGUUGAAGCUGGAAUAAAUAUUAGACCAUAUUGCAAAGAGAUGCUUUAAUUAUUGUCAUAGAAAUAUGAAAUUAUCGUAUUUACAGCAUCCCAUGAAUGUUAUGCUUAAAAAGUAUUGAAUUAUUUGGAUCCAGAUAAAAAGUUUAUACAUCACAAAUUUUUUAGAGAUAGUUGUGUUGUAAUUUAAGAUGGAUUGCAUAUUAAAGAUUUAAGAGUGAUAGGAAAUCGAAACUUAAAAGAUAUGGUUUUAAUUGAUAAUGCCUCAUACUCUUUUUGUUUUUAAUUAGAAAACGGUAUUCCAAUUAUACCAUUUUAUGACAAUGCUUUAGAUAAAGAACUUCUCUAUUUAACAACAUAUUUAAUGGAUUUAAUGUAGGAUUAAGAUAUCCCAUAAAAGAAUUCUAACAAUUUCAAGACUUAAUUAUAUCAAUAAGAUAUCACUUUUGAAUCGUUAAUAACAAAGCUAUGA